GGCUGCUUUGUGGCUGUCAACUUUCCCCGAGCUCCGAGCUGGUAGCCACAUUAGCGUGGCGGCUGCAGCGGCGACGGCGGAGCGAUGAGGCAGAAGCGGAAAGGAGACCUCAGCCCUGCUGAGCUAAUGAUGCUGACCAUAGGAGAUGUUAUUAAACAACUAAUUGAAGCCCACGAACAGGGAAAAGACAUCGAUCUAAAUAAGGUGAAAACCAAGACAGCUGCCAAAUAUGGCCUUUCAGCACAGCCUCGCCUGGUGGAUAUCAUUGCUGCAGUCCCACCGCAGUAUCGAAAGGUUUUGGUCCCCAAGUUAAAGGCAAAACCCAUCAGAACUGCCAGUGGGAUUGCUGUUGUAGCUGUGAUGUGCAAACCCCACAGAUGUCCACACAUUAGUUUUACAGGAAAUAUUUGUGUAUACUGCCCUGGGGGACCUGAUUCAGAUUUUGAGUAUUCAACCCAGUCUUACACUGGAUAUGAGCCAACCUCCAUGCGAGCUAUUCGUGCUAGAUACGACCCUUAUCUACAGACAAGACACCGCAUAGAGCAGUUGAAACAGCUUGGUCACAGUGUGGAUAAAGUGGAGUUUAUUGUGAUGGGUGGAACAUUUAUGGCCCUUCCUGAAGAAUACAGAGAUUAUUUUAUACGCAACUUACAUGAUGCCUUGUCAGGACAUACUUCUAACAAUAUUUACGAGGCAGUCAAGUAUUCUGAGAGGAGCCUCACAAAGUGUAUUGGAAUUACUAUUGAGACCAGACCUGAUUAUUGCAUGAAGCGGCAUUUAAGUGACAUGCUGACCUAUGGCUGUACAAGGCUGGAGAUUGGGGUGCAGAGUGUCUACGAAGAUGUGGCCAGAGAUACCAACAGGGGCCACACCGUGAAGGCGGUAUGUGAGUCAUUCCACCUGGCCAAAGAUUCAGGUUUCAAGGUCGUGGCUCAUAUGAUGCCUGAUCUGCCAAACGUGGGACUGGAGAGAGACAUCGAACAGUUUAUAGAGUUUUUUGAGAACCCUGCUUUUCGUCCCGAUGGUUUAAAACUUUACCCAACCUUGGUGAUUCGUGGAACUGGGCUUUAUGAGCUGUGGAAAUCAGGACGCUAUAAGAGUUAUUCGCCUAGCGACCUGAUUGAAUUGGUGGCUCGGAUCCUUGCCCUUGUGCCUCCAUGGACUCGAGUGUACCGCGUGCAGAGGGAUAUUCCAAUGCCCUUAGUCAGCUCAGGAGUCGAGCACGGUAAUUUGAGAGAGCUGGCAUUCGCAAGAAUGAAGGACCUUGGAAUACAGUGUCGAGAUGUGAGAACCAGAGAGGUUGGAAUUCAAGAAAUUCAUCACAAAGUACGGCCGUAUCAGGUUGAGUUGGUAAGGAGAGAUUAUGUUGCAAAUGGUGGCUGGGAAACAUUCUUAUCAUACGAAGACCCAGAUCAAGACAUUUUGAUUGGCCUCCUGCGAUUACGAAAGUGUUCAGAGGAAACCUUCCGUUUUGAAUUGGUCGGAGGUGUUUCCAUAGUCCGAGAGUUGCAUGUGUAUGGGAGUGUAGUCCCUGUGAGCAGUCGGGAUCCUACGAAGUUUCAGCAUCAGGGAUUUGGCAUGCUGCUGAUGGAGGAAGCAGAAAGAAUAGCUAGAGAAGAACAUGGGUCUGGGAAAAUAGCUGUUAUAUCAGGGGUUGGCACCAGGAAUUAUUACAGAAAAAUUGGCUACCGGUUACAAGGCCCGUACAUGGUGAAGACACUAAAAUAUUAGCCCCAAUAGUCCACCUGAUGCAGUGUUUCUGGCAGGAAGUGGAGGUGUCUUGAAUAUUCAACAGAGAGGCUGAGCAAAGCAAAUGGACCUACCCUGUCCCCUUGGCAAGAAGCUUCACCCUCAUCCUGCAGCUGCGGAGACUGGAAACUGCUCUCAGGGCACGACCGGGCGUCUGGUGACCAAGCAUGGAGCCUCUGGCGCUCGGCGCUCCUGUGCCCCGACCUGUGUGUUGUCAAGAAGUCACUCCAGUUUUCAAGGCUAAGUCGUGUACCCAGUUUCUAAAUUCUGCAUGUGGCCAGCAAGUGACUUACUCAGACUGACAACAGCAAAUUAGUCAACUCAUUUGGGUUCCAUACUUCAUGAAAUAAAACUAGGUGGUGGGUAGAAGCAAAGUUAGGAGAAACUUAUUUAUAUGCUGUAGGGACAAAAGGCAGGUUGAACACAUGAAAACUGACCGAUUUUUACCUCUGGACUUGAACACAGAAGCAUUCCAGCACACGAAAAUGAGCUUUUCUUCUAUUGCAAGUCAUUCUGGUUUCUGUGAUGUUUGCAGUAACUGUGAUGGAGAGAGGAGUUGACAUAUGUUUAUGUUUCUUUAUAACUGCAGAACAGUGUGGGCAGCACCUACACCCACAGAAACGAUUGGCUUCUCCUUCUGUCUCUCCUGAGCAGGCGGAGUCGGGCGUGCGUCUUGGGUGGCGUGGCCCUAAGUAAAGAUGCCCUCCCACAGGAGCUGUUCCCUGCAUUUUAAUUCUUUAAGAUGAAUUUCGGUUUGCUUUAAAUGGAUAAAGAUAAGAGUUCAGCUCAUAUGAAAGCAAAACUAAAAACGGUACUGCAGAACGGGCCCAAGUCUAAAGAUAGGAAAAAGACCGGCUUCUCCCAGCUCCACCUUGAACUGUCUCGUAAGUCCCAGGUUACCUAAGGAGACUCCGCCUGGAGAGGGUCAGUCCAUGAGAGCAUGGCUGAAGCCUGUGCCCCUCGGCUUCUGUGGCCUUUCACAAGGAUCAUUAAAUGGGAUUGAUUCUUCUCAGAGGUACAAAAAAUAAAACCAACAGAGAAGAAUCACGUAAGGGGUUUUCCUCUCCCCUGUAAACGCGGUGGCAAUUGCCAUGAAUAUACAGGGUGGUUUCCAGCCUUUGACACUGUUCCCUCCCCCUGGGUGCCGUCUGCCGUUUCAUUCAACUGCCACGAGGCCAAUGCACUGCCUUCCCGUGGGCUCGGUGGAGCCAGAGGCUUUCCAUGAGCGUAGUUUAGGGCACUUAGCUGCUUCUCAAUUAUGUGUGUGUUUCCUUUAAAAAUAAAACUGUUACGCUAACAAA